UCACAAACUCACCACGUGGUUAAUAAUAACAUGGGUGGGCUCGAGGGGGCGGUGGUGGACUGUCAGCGAAUUAUUUGGGAACAUGGAGCCACGCAUGGAUGAAGUUAAGUAAUGAUUCAUCUCGCGGGUUGAAAACGUUAAUUUUUACUUUUUGGUAAAACAGCUCCAGUGACGUUUGCAGCCCAACCGGAGCUCGAGCGGGUGACCUUUGGUUUGCCGUUGCCGUGUCGGAGCGCGAGACACCCGGGGAGGAGCGGUGGCGACAAACGUUCACGAGCUACCGAGUAGCUCAGUAGCGGUUAGCCAUCAGGAAGAAGUGUCACCGCCUGCACCAGCGCUCUCUCUCUCUCUCUCUUACAGGGGCGAGAAGGAGCCAGUCUGUGGUCAUGGCUACCCUCGGUAACUCUGGGGCUGUUUCCAGUCCCAUGGUGAUCCUGGCGCCCAAGACCAAAACGAAAAAGAAGCACUUUGUUCAGCAGAAGGUGAAAGUGUUUCGAGCGAGCGACCCCGUCCUGAGCGUCUUCAUGUGGGGCGUCAAUCACUCGAUAAAUGAUCUGAACCAGGUGCCUGUUCCUGUCAUGCUGCUGCCCGAUGAUUUCAAAGCCAACACCAAGAUCAAAGUCAACAACCACCUCUUCAACAAAGAAAAUCUUCCAGGACAUUUCAAGUUUAAAGAAUAUUGUCCUCAGGUGUUCAGAAAUCUGAGGGAACGGUUUGGCAUUGAGGAUCUGGACUAUCAGGUUUCGUUGACGCGCAGCUCACCAAUGAGGAGUGUAGAUGACCAGGGAGAUUGUCUCCUCCUCAACUCCUACGACCGCGCGCUGGUAAUCAAGCAAAUCUCCAGCGAGGACGUCGCGGACAUGCACAACAUCCUGUCUGAGUAUCACCAGCACAUAGUGAAGUGUCACGGCAGCACUCUGCUGCCACAGUUCCUGGGUAUGUACCGGGUGAGCGUGGACAACGAGGAGACGUACCUGAUCGUCAUGAGGAACAUGUUCAGCCACAGACUGGUGGUACAUAGGAAGUACGACCUGAAGGGCUCUCUGGUGGCUCGUGAAGCGAGCGACAAAGAACGGGGAAAGGAGCUUCCUACCUUCAAGGACAUGGACUUCAGGAACAACAUGCAGAAGGUGUACGUAACGGAGGAGCAGAAGGAGAAGUUCAUGGAGAAAGUCAACAGAGACGUGGAGUUUCUGGUGAGACUGAAGAUCAUGGACUACAGCCUGCUGCUCGGUAUCCACGACGUGGGUCGAGCUGAACGGGAGGAGGAGGAGGGCGAGGAGGUCUCCAACGAGGAAGAACCGGAGGUGGAGAACGGCCUGGCAGCGGGCGCCACGGUGGGCUCUUACGGCACCUCUCCAGAGGGAAUCGCUGGUUACAUGUCCGCCUGCAAGCCACUGGGGCCCGGGGAGUUCGACCCAUACGUGGACGUGUAUGCAAUCGGGAGCUGCCCAGGAGCCCCUCAGCGGGAGGUCUAUUUCAUGGGCCUGAUUGACGUACUUACUCAGUACGACACAAAGAAGAAAGCCGCUCAUGCAGCAAAAACUGUCAAACACGGGGCUGGCGCUGAAAUCUCCACAGUCCACCCCGAGCAGUACGCCAAACGGUUCCGCGACUUCAUCUCAAACAUUUUUGCGUAACACUCAGCUAUGAACACUGCCAUAAGUCGAUCCAACUGAGAGCUAUUCGUCUAUUUUAUCAUUGACCAAAAAAAAAAAAAAAAUAGGACGCACACGGAUCAUUAUUUAAGUGUGGUGAUCUGAGGCGAGACUACUUAACAUUGUAGCAAUAUAAUGUACUACUUCUGAUGCAUAUAUUUAUUUUUAAGAUUUAAGAAGCAUUUCUUCUAGAUAUUAAGCACUCUUAACUGAAUAACUUUGGAGAUGUAGGGUACAUGGAAACAAACUGCUGUUGAUCAGUGUUGGAAGUGUUAGAAGCACGUCAGUGCAAGAUCAAAUAUUAUUUUUCUUUCUUUUUUUCUUCUUUUUUUUUUUUUUCUUCAGUCUGGGUCCUCAGGCAUGAACUGAACUUAGAAGGAGUGUUUUGAAGUUUUGGGUGAUUGAUUUUAUUUCUUUCUUAAAAGUUAGAUGAGAAGAUUAAAGCCAGUAGCAUUAUGGAAUUUAUUUAUUUAUUUUUUUUAAUUGAAAGCACCUGUGUUGUUUGUUGCGUUCAUGAGGUUGCAUGUGGAUACACAGUCGCAUUAUUCCACUGUUCAACAGGUGGCGCUAACACGCUAAACACGCUAAAAUAAUUAGCUAUGCACCAACAGAGGCAGUGAAGAAGAAGAAAAGCGCACGUUAGUAAACAUGGGGUGCAGUCGAUUAGUCGAACAAAGUCCUUUUAUUCUUCCUGAACACUUUUUAUCUUGACCUCGAUGGAAAACAUAAGGAGAUCUGAAAAGAAAACUGAUGCUGAGUGAACCCGGCUGCAUUUACACGAAUCAAUUAACCAUUUGUCGCCGGAUGAUUGGUGCAUCUUGUUGAAUGUUGCUACUGCAAGAGAUUGUGGGACGUCAUUGUCCUUUUCAUAAAAGUGUUUUUCUAUACUUUAGGAGACAAAGGAAGCAUCGACACAACUAGCUUUUAUCACCGCAGCUACUUCUAGGUCAUUUCACUCACGGUGUGUUCAAGUGGUGUCUGAAUAAUCGGGAAAAAAACAACUUUAAUAUCAGGGAAAAUUUUAGUACACGAUGGGGCUGCAGGAUAUAAUUUGGUUUUCAGAGAUAAAUAUAUAUUGUGAUAGGAAAUAAUAUUGGAAUUGUCUCUGAACAGCUCACUGUGGAAAGAAUUAGUCUUUCUGGAGUGAUUGGAGUAGUUUUGUCCCUGCAGGACUGAGAGUGAUUGUGGUUCUGUUGUGUAUGCAGAACCUGCAUGUCUAACAAACUGCCAUGUAACCAAAAACCUUCAAAUCUGACUAAAUCAUGUUGCAUCGGGGAGACUUUACUUGUAGAUUAAUCAUUGAAAAUUAGCAUCGUGCCAGUUUUCCUUUUGUACCAAGCAGCAAAAAAUGUGUAGCAGGUUUGUUUUCCUCACCUGACGUGAUUUGAUUACAAAUCCAGUCAGAAGAACGACUGAGCAAACUUGAGGAAAGAGACCUUUUUGGAGGAGCACAUGAAUUCAACAUCCUGGAGCAAUAAAAUACAAAACCUCCACAGGGCGUCUUUUAGAUAUGUUGUAGGAGGACGAGGAGACAGUUAGCAUUGAUACUGGAGACAGUUUGUCUCUAAGGACAUGAGAGGAUUCCUGCACAAUGUGUUGUUUUUGGGUUUUGCGCGGAUUAAACAAAUGAGAUGUUAAUCAGUGAGCUGUAGAGACGCUCGUAGGUGGAUGUUGUUACCUUUGGACAGACUAAGCUAGCUUUCUCCCUUUGCCUCAACUCUUUAUGCUAAGCUAAACAACAUCUGGCUGGAUCUUCUCAUCUAACUCUUGGUAAGAAGUAGAAUUCUGUUUCCCAAAAUGUCAAACCAUUCCUUCGAUCUUAGAAUAAUGAAUAAACUUUAAUAGAGAUGGGUGUUAAAAUAGUGGUAGGUUAGACUCCACAGGGAGGGAUGAUGUUAUUUAUCUGUUGAAGGAGGCCAUUUGAAUGUUUAGAGUGCCAAACAUGUGGGAUCAGAUUUUUUAAUCCAGGCGGGAUUUGCAAAUGAUUAAAUCAGCUUUAUUGUGUUCAGAGAACCAUAAUUAGAAAGGAUCAAAUCCAGGUUUCUACCAAAGUCUAAAAUUUAAUAUAAAAUGUACAGAACAGCUUUGUUAAUUGACUCGUUGGACGUGUGGUUUUCAGAUACAAAGCACACAGUAUAUUUUUCAAGCCUGUAAAGAUUUUUUUUGCAGCCCUGCAUCUCAUAGUUACAAACAGCCUGCGAAGAGAAUCUGGACCGGGCUCAGGAUCAGUCCUGCCUUUUUUUUUUUUUUCUUUUUUUGAAUGAAGAACGUCUCGUGUCGACUUCUAACUCGACAUCGAAAACGAGCCCAUCCAUCUCUAUUCUGGACACACUCCCUUUUCUGAGCAUUGUGUAGUGCUUUGUGCAUUUAAAUGGCAAAUGUGCGCUAUGUGAAUCAUCGUGAUAGGAUAAGAUAUAAAGACUAUAGCAAUAGAACUAGGAACUAUUGUCUGUGUAUUGUAAUGAUGUUUGAGAUUUAGUGAUAACCAAGGUACUGUGUAAAAAACAAAACAAAAAAAAAAUGUUAUUGACAGUAACACUACAUCUGAGUAGCUUGUGCAGUUCGCCUUAACACAGUGACAUGAAACAGCUUUCCUAAAAACACUAUGUAGGCAGCGUAGAUACAGGAGACUCUGUAUGAUGCCUCAUCCUCUGAUGAUUGCACAUGUUGUAUUUUUGCAAAUCAGCUUUUGGACCAAAAUAUAUUUUACAAAGAACUUCUGAAAA